AUGAAAACCAUCAUAGCAGCCUGCUCCCAGAACCUCAGUGCCCGGUGGCCCCGCCCGCGUACGAGCCGCUCUGUUCCGGGCGGGGGCCGUGUCCCCCUCUCCGCAGGCAGCCGGGCCAGCAUCCAGACCGCCCUGCGGACGCUGCUGGCCGUGCCCUGGCCCUCGCAGCGCGACAUCGGCUCCGCGCUCCAGCUGCUGGCCGUGCUGCAGUGGGUGCUCAGCUUCCUGCUGCUGGGAAUCGUCAGCCUCCUGCUCCUCAUCUACCUGCUGUUCACCAGCCUCUGGCUCAUCCCCGUGCUCUACCUGGCCUGGAUCAUCUUCGACUGGGACACGCCGGAGAAAGGUGGCAGGAGGCUGUCGUGCCUGCGGCGAUGGACCGUGUGGAAGCACUUUCGGGAUUAUUUCCCGGUGAAGCUGGUGAAGACACACGACCUGUCCCCCAGCCACAACUACAUCAUCGGCUCGCACCCCCACGGCAUCCUCUGCGUCGGCGCCUUCUGCAACUUCAUCACGGGCUCCACGGGCUUCGAGGAGCUGUUCCCGGGCAUCCGCUCCUUCCUCACCACGCUGGCCGGGAAUUUCCGCCUGCCCUUGUUCCGGGAGUACCUGAUGAGUGGCGGACUGUUCCCGGUGACCCGCCGUGCCAUCGGGUACCUGCUGUCCCAGCAAGGCACGGGCAACGCGGUGGCCAUCGUCAUCGGCGGCGCGGCCGAGUCGCUGUCCUGCCGGCCCGGUGUCACCACGCUCAUCCUCAAGAACCGCAAGGGCUUCGUGCGCAUGGCCCUGCGCCACGGGGCUUUCCUCGUCCCCUCCUUCUCCUUUGGCGAGAACGACCUCUUCCGCCAGGUGGUCUUUGAGGAGGGCAGCUGGAUGAGGAGCAUCCAGCGGCGCUUCCAGAAGAUGAUGGGCUUCGCUCCCUGCCUGUUCUACGGCCGCGGCCUCACCUCCUGCCGCUCCCGCGGCUUCCUGCCCUACGCCAGACCCAUCACCACCGUGGUGGGGGAGCCGCUGGCCGUGCCCAAGGUGGAGAACCCGAGCCGGGAGCUGGUGGAUCGGUACCACGAGCUCUACAUCCGCGCCCUGCUCAAGCUCUUCAACGAGAACAAGACCAAGUACGGGUUGUCCGAGUCAGACGAGCUGCACAUCCUCUGA